AUGGCUUUAUGCAACGACUUAUGGGUGAUGAAGUAUGGGGGUGUCACAGCACAGUUCCUGGAAAAUCAUUUUUCUGACCACUCUCUUAUUCAUUUUGAGAUUACUAGUGGUGGAGUUCAAAACAAAAAGCCUUUCAGGUUCAUCAAUGCUCUAGCUGAUGAUAAUAAGUUUCUUCAAAGGGUGGACAGUGUAUGGCAACAACAUGUGAAGGGGACUAGUAUGUACAGGCUCUGGUGCAAAUUAAAGUUCUGUAAGGUCCCAAUCAAACAAUUGAAACAAAGAGUACUGGGGACCACGGACAAGAGGAUUAAUGAUACUAGAGACUCCCUGACAGCUAUUCAGUCUCUUAUAACAGCUCAAUUCGAUCAGGAAUUGGUUAUGAAGGAGAAAGAGGCUACUGAAAAACUCAAUAAAUGGUUGGGAUGCAAGACAGGUGACAUUGAGAAAGAGAUCCUUAAAUUCUACAAGGGACUCUUGGGAUCUGCAGCUGAAAGUAUUGAUGGGUUCAAUGCACAUUUCUUCAAAAAAGCAUUCAGAAUUAUCCAGGGAGAUGUACAUGAGGCUAUUAAGGAAUUCUUUCAUGAAAAUAGAUUGCUCAGGGCUGUGAGCAACACUAUGAUGAUUUACUCAUGUUUGCAAGGGGGUGAUGAGUCUUCAGUAAUGCUGCUUAGAGAGAAGUUAACUAUAUUCUCUGAAGCUUCAUGGUUGAAAGCCAACAUAGCAAAAAGCCAAGUGUAUUUUGGUGGUGUUGAUCAGCAAACAAGGGACAAUAUUUUGGGGAUUUUAGGGUAUGAAGUUGGUGACCUUCCCUUUAGGUAUCUAGGGGUGCUACUGUCUACUAAGAGGCUUACUGUGCAACAAUGUAAACCUUUAGUGGAGAAGAUUACUUCAAAGAUUACUAACUGGAUGGCCAAGUGUCUAUUGUAUGCUGGAAGACUACAACUCAUAAGGGCUGUUUUGUUUGGUGUACAAACAUACUGGUCUCAACUUUUUCUACUUUCUAAAAAAGGGAUCAAAAUGAUAUUGGCAAUUUGUAGGAGUUAUCUUUGGUCAGGAGAAGCAAGCAUCACUAAGAAGGCUCUGGUGGCUUGGGACAAAAUCUGUUUACCUAAGGGUGUUGGUUGCAUGAACCUUGUAAAUCUGAGAAUCUGGAACCAAACAGCUAUCUGCAAGUUGCUAUGGGCAUUAAGUCAACACAAAGAGAAAUUAUGGAUAACAUGGGUGCACAUUUACUACAUCAAGAAACAAGAUAUUCUCACAAUGGAAAUGCCAAAGCAGGCUUCUUGGAUGAUAAGAAAGAUCAUUAACAUGAGGAAACAUUAG